AUGGAAUUGGGCUACGAGGUAUCGAUGAUUACUAUACAGGCGGUCCUGACAAUACUGAUCGGGUUUGGAAACAUUUUGGUCAUAACUGCAUAUUUUCGCAACGAAAAAUUGCAAACUACGACGAACUGGUUUGUAGUUCAGUUGGCCGGCGCUGACUUGCUGGUCGCCCUGGCGAUGCCUCUACAAAUUGCCAUGUUUAUCCGAGACGAUGUUGUCCAAGAUCUCCACGUGUGUCUUUUCCGAUAUAGUUUUCCCAUGAGCUCGAUAAACGGUUCGGUACUUUGUCUUCUGGCUAUAAGCGUGGACAGAUACGUGUCAGUUAUCUACCCACAUCAAUACAAGAGUGUAUUGACGGCCAAAAUUCAAGUACUCGGCGCUGUAUUCGUUUGGGUUCCUUCUGCGUUUGUGAUCGUUUCAGUCCACUUUUUGGGGUUGGAUGACAUACGACCGGGAGACCCGGGGAAGAAGGUAUGUGACUUCUUGUACGUUCUAAACCCUGACUUUAUCAAAUAUAUUGUACUGCCCGUGUUCAGCGCACUAUCGCUAGCCAUUAUAGCGUUAUAUUCAAGAGUUUUCCACUUGGCUCGAAGGCACGCAGCGGCAAUAGCUUCUCUCUCGGAGCACCUGUCGGUAGUAAGUAAUUCUCGACUGAAAAAUAACCCGCGGCAAAUUCACCGAAAAAACAUGAAGAUUUCAAAAACAGCUGCGAUCGUUUUGGGAAUGUUUUUAUUCUGCAUGGUACCUUUUUUCGCUGUUACGGGAAUCCAGGUAUACACGGACCAAAUAUUCUCCAAAACGUGGAUGACCAUACGAAUGUACACUACAGUGCUGUCAGUUCUCAACAGCGCCCUGAACCCGCUAAUAUAUGCGUGUCGUUUGGAGGACUUUCGUGGAGAGUUUCAGAAAAUUCUGCGCUUGAAACGCAAAGUGAACGCUGUUGCACCUCAACCUAUGCGCCGACUGGACAACGAGCCGGGCAGAAAUGAAACUAGUAGCACGGGUUGCGAAAAUGAACCAAAACACGCUGCACCAGUCGCGCUUACAUCAAAGUCGAAAGUUGCGUUUUCAUUGACUUUGAAUUCAGGAAGUGUGGACAAAGCCAUUUCAGAGGUAUGA